AUGAAGACAGGAAUAUUGUUUUUAGUCCUUCACUUCUUGGGUGCUAUAGGGUUCAUCAAUGGUAAACUCUUUGGCCAAGAGUUCUAUGACGAUACUUUGAACGUGAGAUUGAGCCUUAAUGACUUUGAUAAAUCGAGCCUACUUCUUCCUUUUAACGUGACAAGAACUCCGGGAAGUCCAGGAUCCCAGAAGACACAAAAAUUCAUUGAGAGUCAUUUCAAUCAGUUGAGGAACGACUGGCUCUUUGAGGAAGACAAGUUUUCACAAAGUGACUUCAACUUCACUAAUCUGGUUUUCACUCUUGGACAAAAUGCUAGCAGCUAUUUAAUUUUGUCGGCUCAUUAUGAUUCUAAACUGGUACCUGAGGGUUUUGUUGGUGCAAUAGAUAGUGCAGCAUCCUGUGGUAUCCUCUUGUACAUUGCUGAGUUUGUCGAUUCGCUAUUUGACGGCCGCCAGGACAUUACACAGAAAGAAUUCCACCAGGAGCCUAUGGGUCUCAAGAUAGUAUUCUUUGAUGGAGAAGAAGCCCUCAAGGAAUGGACUUCUGAGGAUUCGAUCUAUGGUUCCAAGCACCUUGCAGAGAAGUGGAGUAAGGACGGAACAAUGAGCAAGAUAGAUCUUUUCAUAUUGCUCGAUCUGUUGGGCAGUGUUGACAACGUCAGGGUACCUAGCUAUUUUUCCAGCUCAGCCGAGGAAUACAAACAUUUGAUAGAAAUCGAGAGUCUCAAUCAGCACAAUCUUCCCUAUCGCGAAACUUUAUUCGAUAGCGAGGACCCCCGAUUCCAGAACUACAAUGGGAUAGUGAUUGAGGAUGAUCACCUGCCGUUUUUAAAAAACGGUGUUCGCAUUAUGCAUCUUAUUCCGCUGCCAUUUCCGACCGCUUGGCAUACGCUGGAAGACAACUUUAACAAUUUAGACAAGACAAAAAUUCAAAAUUGGUCUAUUCUCCUAUGUGAGCUAGUUUAUUCACGCUUGGCCGACCAAUUUGAUUACUUUUAA